CGUCCAGCCGGAGAGGUGGGGAGCACACGGAGCUGGUUUCUCUGCUGCAUGGCAGCAGCCUGAGGCCCUCUGGGCCCCCCAUCUUCCUCCCUCAGAAGCCAGAGGGACCCCAUCCUCCCCAGCCUGAAGCUGGACCACGGGCCCUGGGAUCCCCUCGGCAUCGCCCCACCUUGGGACUAGCUGCUGCUCCAGACGGGACCAGAGGCCAACCGAGUCCAGAGGCAAAGGGUUUCCCUGGCAGAAGGGCCCAGAGGAGGAAGACGAGGAAGAGCAAGAGGACGAGGAGGAGGAGGAGGGAGGAGGCACGAUGAGUGAGGAGCAGGACCUUUCGGAGGUCGAGUUGAGCCCCGUAGGCUCCGAAGACCCUCGGUGCCUGUCUCCUGGAGGUCCCUCCGUGGGGCCGGACGGCUCAGCCCUCCAUGCCAGCCCUGGGCCCGGGGAGCUGGGCAAGGUGAAGAAGGAGCAGCAGGACUCCGAGGUGGAUGACGACAAGUUUCCCGUGUGCAUCCGGGAGGCCGUCAGUCAGGUGCUCAGCGGCUACGACUGGACCCUGGUGCCCAUGCCCGUCCGGGUCAAUGGCAGCAGCAAGAGCAAGCCUCACGUGAAGCGGCCCAUGAAUGCCUUCAUGGUGUGGGCACAGGCUGCCCGGAGGAAACUGGCCGACCAGUACCCGCACCUCCACAACGCUGAGCUCAGCAAGACCCUGGGAAAGCUGUGGAGGCUGCUGAAUGAGAGUGACAAGCGACCCUUUAUCGAGGAGGCUGAGCGCCUGAGGAUGCAGCACAAGAAAGAUCACCCCGACUACAAAUACCAGCCCCGGCGUAGGAAGAAUGGGAAGGCGGCCUCGGGGGAGGGGGAGGCUCCCGGAGAGGGAGAGCCCGGAGGGGCGGCUGCCAUCCAGGCCCACUACAAGAAUUCCCACCUGGACCACAGGCACCCCGGCGAGGGCUCUCCCAUGUCUGACGGGAACCCAGAGCACUCCUCAGGCCAGAGCCAUGGCCCCCCCACCCCUCCGACCACCCCAAAGACAGAGCUGCAGUCGGGCAAGGCAGAUUCCAAGCGGGAUGGGCGCUCGCUGGGGGAGAGCGGGAAGCCCCACAUCGACUUCGGAACCAUGGACAUUGGCGAGAUUAGCCACGAGGUGAUGUCCAACAUGGAGACCUUCGACGUGGCCGAGUUUGACCAAUACCUGCCACCUAAUGGACACGCUGGCCACCCCGGCCAUGUGGGGGGCUAUGCCACGGCCGGUUACGGGCUAGGCAGCGCCCUGGCAGUGGCCAGCGGACACUCGGCCUGGAUCUCGAAGCCGCCCGGCGUGAGCCUGCCUGCCACCUCGCCACCCGGCGUGGAUGCCAAGGCCCAGGUGAAGACGGAGGCCUCUGGGCCGCCUGGCCCCCCCCACUAUGCAGACCAGCCCUCCACCUCGCAGAUUGCUUAUACCUCCCUCAGCCUGCCUCACUAUGGCUCGGCUUUCCCUUCCAUCUCUCGCCCCCAGUUCGACUACUCUGACCACCAGCCCUCAGGACCCUACUACGGCCACUCGGGCCAGGCCUCUGGCCUCUACUCGGCUUUCUCCUACAUGGGGCCUUCCCAGCGGCCGCUCUACACGGCCAUCUCUGACCCCAGCCCCUCGGGGCCUCAGUCCCACAGCCCCACACACUGGGAGCAGCCUGUGUACACGACGCUGUCCAGACCCUAGAGGGGGCCCUCUGGGGGGCUGUGGAGGCCAAGGACUGCUGUCGGCUUCCUCCUAUGGGAGGCUCUCUGCAUCCCUCUUACCUCGAUGACUGUGCCUCCUUGCCUCCCCUGGUCCACACUGGGCCUUGUCUGGCCAGGACCUCAGUGGGACACUAAUCUUGGCCUGUUGUGGGGGGCGGGGUGGGAGGCGGUGGCCCCUGCUCCUUCUAAGGCAGCCCUUCUUCCUUCCUUCUGGCCUACAGACUUUGCUUAUCUCCGUCCGCCAAGGAGGGAGGAUGCCUGCCCUGUAUCCCACAUAGCCCAGUGGUACCAGCCCAAUACUCAGGGCUGGCCAAAGACCUGAGAACUGACCACACUGACUGAGAUGUCUGGGAGGGAGGCAGAGACCCUUGCAGGGCCGUGUGAGUCAGCCAUGUGUGCAAGGGGAUGGCGGGAAGGCUUAUGGGGCCUCCCCCUCCCCACCAACCUGAUUACACACAGAGGGGGCUGCAGAGAGGAACCCCUUGGGAUAGAUUCGGUACCGAUACCCUCACUGCCUGCUGCCUAAGCAAGGACAAGAGACUCCUAGCCUUCCUUCUGCUUUCUUUGCUAAAUGAACUGGGGGCUUCACCCCAGGCCGUGAUGAGGACAGGAGCUAGCAGGGAGGUAGGAGGGAGGAUUUAGAAACAACUAAUGGAGGUGUUGUUAAUUGGUCACUCCUGCCCCUCAAACCUUGCCCACCCAACCAAGCUGCCCAUCCCACAUCCCCACUCUUUCCCUACAAUAGUUCCCACUUCCCUGACCACAUCCUAGGCCCCUGGACUUCCAGAUUGGAGAGGUUGGGCCCACCUACCCCCAGAGUUCAGCUCCCAGUCCUGAGGGGAAGGUAAAGUCCCCUGGGGUCUGUCAGCCAGGACCUCCCUGAAGACACCAAAAUAUUGAUAUAUACAUUCUCCUUUCCCUUGCCGUCAGCCCUAUCCACUCAGACGCCCAGCCCCAACCCCAACCCGCGUGUUUGAAUAAAAUAUAUAGCUGUGUCUGUCCUCCUGUUCCCCCUCCCCCAGCCCCACAGUCCACAUAUAACGCAUUAUUGCCCCUUUCCCCCUAUUUAUCUCAGUAGCCCCUUGCCCAUCCCUCUGCCCAGCCCCUAUUAACUCUGCAUUAAGCAAUCCAGAAUAAUAAAGUUAAAGGUUUCAGUUA